CCCUUGAUCACAAUAGACCGAAGUAGUCAUUGGCAAUCCCUUUUGGAACUCAGGUAGUUCAAACAAGUUCCAUUUUCUAAACUUUGAAGGCACCACAACAGUUUCAGUAUUCCCACGCUUACACCUUGUUCGACUUCUUUCCAGUUUGUGUGUCCCACUAUGUAGAUACAAAAAAAAAUUUUUUUUUUCAAAAUCAGUAUUUUUUUGUUUUACUCAUUAAAAAUUUAAUUUAUGAAUUAUCAUUAUUCACACACACACCCCCCUCCCUUUAUUGUGAUUUUGUGAAGAAAGUGCAACAAGUGUUUUUGAUUCAGUGAAGGUCAUAAUAAGGAACAUAUAUAUUUAUAUAGUGUAUGGGAUAUUUAUUUUUCCUGCUUGAGGGAUUAAGUGCUGGCAAUCGAAAAAUGUUUUAAAAAUAAUCUUCAAAUGUGUACGAUGAGGUUUAAUAUUAGUCGAAAGCCAUGAGUAAUUCGAAUAGAAUGAACCAGUUUCUUCAACAAACUUCGAGUAAAUCUGAUGAAGAAGAAGAAGAAGAGAUUUCACCUGAUAUACAAUACUUUGAACGUACGAGAUUAAGAAGAACAAUAUUGUCAAGACGGAAUAAUAAUAAUAACAAUAAUAGUGAAAUUGGAAACAGAUCAUUAUUAUUAUUUCGAAAAAAUAGUUUAUCAAGAAAAUCUUCGUGCAAGAAAUUUGCAAUUUCCUCUGAAUCAACAGCAACGAAGCCAAUCAAGCAACAGGAGCAUCAAAGUCCAAUGAGUUUAACAGGACUAAUACCAUCGCAAGAAGAAUCUUUGAAUAUAUCCUCAACACACGAUAAUAUCCCUUGCUGUAAAAUGGAACCAAUGAGAAAGUCAAAAACUUUGCCAGCUUCAUUAACAAACUCUCAUAAUAUUGUCGAGAAUAUUGUUCAAGAAUUUGAAUCGGGUUUCAUGUCACCAAGGUCAAACUUUGAUUCAGGAUCCGGAAACUUUGUCAAGAGAAUUGUUGCAGCCUUUGAAGAAAAAUAUAAACCAAUCACCAAUAUUAAUAAUAAUAAUAAUAACAAUAAUAAUAAUAAUCCAACAACAUUAAUAUCGGAACGUGUUCGCGAUGAUAAAUUAAAAGAUCAUCCACAAAUUUAUCGACAUUCAUUUUCAAAUAUUUGUCAAUCACUUCAUUUUGCCGCAAUUGAAAUAUCCGAUAGUUUAAGUUCAACAUCAUCAAGUAACGAGGCACUUAAAUUUGAAUACAGAAGUCCAAUGCCAUUGAAAAUUAUUCCUAAUGAAAAUGAAAAUUAUGAGAAAAAUUCUUUAUUAGAAAAUAAUCAUUAUAUUCAAAUGGAAUCAAAAAUUAAUCAUUACAUUGAAAUGGAGCAAAAAAAAAUUAUUGACAAACAAUUGGAUUUAAAAAUUGAUAAUUAUAUUCAAAGAGAUCCUAAAAUUGAUCACUAUAUUCAAAAUGAUAAUUAUGUUCAAAGAGAUCCUAAAAUUGAUCACUACGAUCAUUAUAAUAAUGAAUCUAAAAAUGUAAAUCAAAUGGAAUCAAAAAUAUCAAAUUCACAAAUUGAUCAAUAUUUAGAGAGAAAAAGUUUGCAUAAUAAUGAUGAUAAUAAUGAUGAUUCAACAUUAAAACGAAAAGAAAGAGCUCCAAUUAUAAUUGGUGCAUUUCUCAAGAAACCAGUAAAAGUUGAAGAAAUAUCAGUGAAUUGGAUACCAUUUCCAGGUAAAAAAUUACCACGUAAAAAAUCAUUAAAAAAAUUACUCUCAACACUUAGUGGAAAAAAAUUGGAUUAUCAAAAAAAGAAGGAGGUUGUUUUUUCAUCACAAGUUAAUGUAAAUGAUGAAAAUCGUGAAUUACCUGAUUCAGGCUAUGAUGAACAAUCAUCAUUGUCAUCGUCAUCAUUGACAUCAAUAACAUCAUCGGAAGUGCAACUACGUAAUCAAAAGAAAAACAAAAUUGAACAUAUUUACGCUAACAAUAGUGCAAUUGGAAAUUGGUCAACAAUGCCAAAUUUCAAUCGAAAAUCAACAAAUCUCUCCACAUUUCAAUCAAUUGUAAAUUAUGACAAUGACAAUGAUAAUCAUAAUUUUGAUAAUGGGAAAAAGAAAAUAUUACUCUACGAAAUUCCCAGAGAUGAGGUCAAAGUUGAUCUUGGACCUUGUUAUCCAUCGCCAAGUAAAAUAAUGGUAAAAUCAUUGGAUCGAAAAUUCCAAACAAAACUGAAAAAUCUACCUAAGCAUCCAAUGUGUUCAAGAAUACCAAAACAUCCAUUCAUCUCGCCAAGCAAAGAUGAAGAUUCCAUGGAUGAUGAUAAUGAUGAUGAGGUAAUUCUUCGAAAACCAAGGGAAUCAUCAUUUCAUUCAUCGGAAAAUGAAUAUGAUGUGCCAAGGAAAUAUUUAUCGAGAUCAGAGCCUGGAAUUUCGGAUGUUAUUAAAUUUUCCUUUGAUUUAUGUCUCGAUGAAGUUAAUACAUAUGAUGUUCCAAAAUUACGUCCAAAAUCAAGUGUUUAUGAAGAUGCAUUAUCUUUAAAGAGACGAAAUGCAGAUUUUGUCAGCGUUUCGGGAUCAUCACAGGAUUAUUAUUCAUCGCCAAGUCCACCUCAGUAUGCCACGAUUAAAUCCAGGAACAAAAGGUAUCUUAGUCCUGAGGUCUUUAGAUCAGCCGAUGAGCUUAGAACAGUUUCAACAAAAGUCACGUCCUUCUAGAGAUUCAAUUUUUUUUUUCUUUUUU